AGAAACAAUAUUUUCGUCUGGUUUUGGUCCUUUAUACCCAGAUUCUGAAGCAAAUAAGAAUCCCAGUGAUGUUUUCCAAACAUUUUAAUGAUAAUCAGUAAAUGCCUUAUUCCUCAAUUAAAUAUAUCGCCAAAUUAAAUUUCCUACUGUUAUUAUUGAUGCAGAUUUUUAUAUGAAGACCCAUCCUAACCUAUAAACAUGGAAUUAAAAAACUAUAUUUUACAUUCAUCAGUUGAUUUAGUCGAUUGUGUGAUCGACGAAGUGGCUUUAGAAGGUUUAGAUGGAAUAACCUUGGAAGCACUAUGGCAGCGUUUAGCCAUCCGAUUUCAUGAAGCCCAGCCUCUAGCGGAAUCGUUUAUGGAGCAGGUCUGGUCUAUUUGUGCGAAUAUCAAAGGAUUUUCAUUCUUCGAAUUAAGGAAAGCAAGAGAAAAACUAGUUAUUUUCGACCGUUUCGAAUUGUUGAAUGACGACGAACCAAAGAAAACAAAUGUUCCAAAGGACAUUUACCCUCACUUCCCAAUCGAUGAUAUGCGAAAUGGCAUUAGAGGAUCCUGCUCAUCGUACAACACUCGGAUAGAUAUCACGUUCGAUGCGAGAAAUUACUCUCUUGAAGAUAUCGUUAAUCAUUAUGAUCAAAAGUUCGUGAUAGUUGCAUCCCAAAGUUUAAGAGAACGAGCCUUGAUAGGCGACACGGCUUGUCCUGUAAUGGAAAUGAACGUUUUGCAAUAUUGUUUUCUGGAAAGAGUGGGUCGGGCUCGAUACCAUGGAGACGUUUCCCAUGGGAAAACGGGACUCAGCACUUUAUCUGAUGACCCGAAGUCUAUGUUUUAUCACAGGAAGUUUCUUCUUAAACAGAAAUUAAUAACAAAGCAGGCAUAUUCUGAAAGAGUCUCGGGAAACAGUUAUAGCAGCAGUUUACUUCACUUGACCAGGUUCUAUGUUGAAAGGAGACCAAAAUUUAUUUUAUUGUCCGAAAAUAUUAUCAACUAUUUGAAGACGAGGGAGAAUUACAUUGCCAGUUAUGACGAAGUAAAGGAGAAGCUGCAGAUAAAUGUUCCUUUAAGAAAAAUAUUUAAGACUCCUUUACUCAAGAAUGUCAUCAGAACUGAUAUUAAAGUACCGUACGAAAAUCUACAUCCCAUAAAUUCGAGCGAGUGGCAAAAAAGCGGUUACACCUUGGCAGAAAGAUUAGUGAGAGCUGUUCAGCUUGUGGAUGCCAAUGUUGAUAUUAGUCACUUUUGGGGCAAACAUGACGGACCCGAAGAAGAGGAAUCCUAUGACUUGGACACAUCAAAGCAAAAAUUAAACUUUCCCUUUCUGAAACAAGCGAAUCGCUUCGUCGAGGCAUCUCGACAAGGUGGUUUAAGUCAAACAGAACUCGGAGCCAAACUAGGAAUGACAAAACUGCACACGAGAACGAUUCUGCGGAAUCUCGCAAAAACGAAAAUAGUCGCUACGUACAUGAACGAUGUUGGAAAACAGAGAGUCACGAAAUAUAUAUCCAAGAAAUUCGAGCAUUCAAGUGAAAUGAGCAAGCAACUAGAGCAGGAAAUGGAUAAAAUGAAGGAGUUCAAUCGAACCUCCCAGGAAGAACAGAAUGAAAUUUUCCCACCGAAUGUACCAAUCGAAGUUCCGAUUGAAGUCGUGUAUCCUAUGCAUGAAGAAGUUAUGGUUACCGAAGAAUUGCAGAACGACGAAGAAGUUCGGAAAGAUGAAAGACUCUUUCCAAGUGUGAAUAGGAUUCUGAAAAAAUACAAGGCCCUGAAAUCUCGAGCUCGCUUUAAAUAUACGGCUUUGAAUCUUUCUCAGUUGCAUGCGACAGCCUUUUGGCAUCCGAGUCAAGAUCAAGCUGGAAUCGAGCAGAAUCCAACGAUUCAGAAUAUUCCGAUUGAGAAGACUACGAUCAAGGAUGUGAAGGUCAAGCUCGUUUCUUCGAAGCCACAGAUGGUGUCGAAGGCUAAGACUGUCACUGGGUUUUUGGAGAAUUUGAAAAACAGUGAAAAGAAAAAUGUCACGUAUAGAUUGUUAAAGAGAGCGAAUUUGGUUAUCGAGGCGGUCAAGCAUAACAAAGUUAUUGAUGAUGCUUCCAAACUGUUGAAGCUUAUAAAAGCAGAAGAAGAUAAGGAAGGUUAUGACGUUCGGAUUGAUAAAAAGUCCCUGGCAAGGUUGUUGCAAAGAUUAGCGAAGGAUAAUCUCGUCAAAUACAUAAAACUGACUCUGAGUGAUGGCGAGAGGCAGAAGAUAGUUACCUACAUCUGCGAUCCGACGAUCGAGAAAAAUCAUUCUUUAAUCGAGUCUGCUGUUGAGCAAGCAAAGAUCAAAUUUUGCUUGCUCAGGGCGCCCAACCUCAGAGUUACAAAGAAGGGAUCUCAACACGACGUAAGGCGAAAGCGAGGAACAUAUUGUAUCGUCAACACUCGGGAAACCAACAGCUUGGAUGUCGAUGUUGUUCUUGAUCCUAGAAUAGGAAAGAAGUAUGGAUACAAUCCGAAAUUCUUGAGAAUGAAGUCCCUUCACAUUCUGCUUUUCUAUUUGAUCUACGAACAUCCAGGACAUCUCAACAUUUCUAAACGAGAACAAAUAGAAAAACUAAGAAGCGAGGGUACUGCUAUCGACGAUGAACUCGCAGCUGAUAUGUCCGAAAUGUACACGAACGAAGUCGACUGGAAAAUGUUCAUCCCACCUCUUCCGAAGCAUCCAGGAUGGCCAGACGGUUGGGCUCUGAUGACUGAUGUCCUCCUUCGUCUUCCACUUUCCAUCUUCACAAAAAUCUACAAUAUUCCCUACGUCGUACCCGAAAUCGAAGCCUACUUGGAUCACCCAAUCAAAAGACACUUCCUAGUAAAAGAUGUCUCCGCAAAUAUUCGACACAUGCUUCUCAAAUCUCGCAAGUACAUAUUUUCCAUUCACGAAACGAUAACUCGACUUUGCUAUCUUGGUCUCGUUCAGUUUGGUCCCCAGAAACUCAAGGAAAAAGACCAGGUCUUCCUAUUCCUCAACCGCAGAAGCCAACUCCUGGAUACAACCUCUUCCUCCAUUGGAUAUCACAAAAUCGAAGACAAAACCUAUCCCGUGAUGAAAUAUGAGUUCCAAUCUCUGCCUGAUGUAGAGAAAUACUGGUACGACAUGUGGGAAAUUUGUAUUGAUACUUGUCUAGGAGGACGACUAGCUGUACAAGGUAAAGAUAUUCUUCUGGAAGAUCUUCCGCGGAAGACUUCGAUGAUACAGGCAGCGAGACCCAGACCUCCAGAGGAAGUUCUAGGAAAGGACAAUGGUGAAGUUCCUGGUGAUCGGCAAGGUGCCGCAGGAAUAGAUUCCGCUUUUUUCGCUCAUCUCAAAAGAAACUGGACCUGGGGCAGUUCGAAUUACACUUACCAUCAUUAUAAAACCGCUUCGAAUCGAAAUCGAAUCUUGGGUUUCGGAAAUGCGACACUGGAGGAAGUUAUCGAGAAGAGUGCACAGCAACAAGCGAUUCAGAAAGAAAGUCCGAAGGAGGUAAAGCCUAAGAAGCCUCCCAAACCAAAAGCGAAGCCAAAAACACCCGUCAAGCCGAAAACGCCAGUGAAAGCUGCGCCAGUUAAAACUGUUCCAAGAACUCAACCGAGAAAGAAGGCUUAUGUUCGGAGAGUUAUGCCUCGGAAACAGACAGGCAGAAGUCGUGUCAAGUAUGACGAAGUCGAUUAUCGCGCCUUGCAGCGAAUGGACAAACUUCGAGUUGACUGGGAGCCCCAUGAAGAUAAUAUUCUUCUCAUGUGCAAGGUCGCGAUGAUGUAUCUCUUCCCGAAUCCUAGAAAGCAAUUCGUGACCUUCAUGGCCGUCAGGGAUGCUUUGAGAUCAUACUCAGCAUCUUCUCAGAAUAAAACGUCUCGUGCUUGCCAAAGGAGACUUCUUUACAUGUUGAAGCAACCGCAAACUAUCAGCAGUGUGAUGCUGGGAAUUGAGGAGAUAAAACAAAAUUACUUUGUGAACAAGCGCUUUGGUGGUUUGGUCGAUCGCAUCAAGGGCGAGUGCCACAAUCCUAUUGAGUAUGAAGAAAAAGUGGCGAAGGUCUUCAAAGAAUUGGUAGCUUACAUUGCGAAGAAGUACUACAGUAUUUCUAACAUGGAACCCAGAGAUCCGAUCAUCAUACCUCACACAGUGCAGGAAUUUAACCUCUUGUAUGAACUGAAACAUCCUUCAAAGACACUCAGGCAUAGAGGAUUCACGGCUGAUGUUCAGAAUAUAAGCGACAUCCACUCUGCAAUGAUCAACUCUGUAAUUCACAGUUCGAUGUGUUCAGGCAAAGACAGGAGAACCUGGGCUUAUCAACUUUUUAAGGUUUACCAACAGUACCCUGAGGCUCUACUGAGAGCUGCAAUGUUCAAAAUCAGAGCUGAUCAGAUGGUGUCUGUGAGGAAAACUUCUACUACCACCUUCUACAAGUAUGGAAACUGCAUGCCGAUGAGUAGUUCGCAGUACCAGUUGAGUCUCAGUUACUUUUAUAAAUUCCAGACCAAGUGGCCCUACAAUGUUUUCUCCGAGUCCUAUAAUCUUCUGCUGAGGCUGAUCCAGUGGCAUUCUGAGAACCAAUCUCCGAAUUGUAAUUACGCUGUGCCCCGAGGCGUCAAGGGCACGGAAGUUUUACCCAUCACUGGAGGAAUCGUUGCCGGUAUUCACGAUUUCUUUGCAAAGAAUCAACUGGACUUUGAUAUCGAGAUGCCUGAUCAGAUUAUCAUGCUGGAUCCUAGGUUGCAAGAAAAGGACGAGCAGUAUCUGAAAAUCGCGAAGAGGUACCAGUCUUUGCUGAUGAACUACGCCUAUGCCAACGAGUCCGCUAGGCCUAGAGGUGAUUCUGAUUUUGAUGUCGAAACUCGGAAGCGACUUGGUCUGGAUUCCAUGGUGGUAGAAAUGGGAGACCAAACCAGUCGAGAAGAUACAGGAGGAAAGGAUGCAAAUCAAGGAUCAAUCGACAAUGUAAACUCAGUAUUUUUGGAAGAACCGCAGAUAAACUGGAAUCAGAAUGAGGGACCAAGGUGUGUGGAAAUCGAGAGAGUGGAUAUCCGCAAUCUUAAAAGAUGUUUGGACAGCGAAGAUGAAGAAUCUGAGCCAGUUGAUAAAGGGCCAAGUCUAGAAACCGAAGAUCAAGUUUCAGUUUCUGUUUCUAAACGACCAAGGCUCGAAGCUGAAGAUGAUACUGAAGAAGUGAACAAGACAGUUGGGGAAAAGGCUAAAGGAUAUAGAACAGCGAAACAAUACUAUGCUUACAAUUUGAAGAAAAUGCAAUAUCUUUUAAGAACUAUUAGAGAACCCAGUCGAUCUCUUCAGCGGGCUUUGGCAUUGCAACAACAGCAUUUCGAAGCUGAUUUACAAUCUACUGCUGGAACUUCGAGCGAAAGCCAGAAAUACGAUGAGACUGAGAGAGAAAAUGAGAUUGAGAGAGAAAAUGAAAUUGAGAUUGAACAUGAGAGUGAAAGAGAAAACGAGAUGAUUAGAGCGAUUUUAGAUGAAGAUCCUCUGCAAGUUGAUUAUGAGGCUGACGAGCAAAAUGUGUCAUGUCGAACGAGAGCUUCGAUUGAUGAAAAUGAUCCGAAUGAUCCGAAAUAUACGAGAUUGGGAAUGCUGAGGAUGAGGGAAGAAUUUAAUGAUAUCACUGUUGCCGACAGUCAUCAUGCUCAUGAUUUCUUCGUCGUGAAUUCUUUCAAUAUCUUCUACUCGCUGAAGCUGGCAGAGAUUGAAGGUCCUCGGAAGCUUACAGUUCAUCAAGAAUAUGAAGUUCCUGCCGAGAUAAUACCUUUGAAUACAAAAGCUGUAAAUAAUCUGAUUAGUAAAAUCAAAACUUACGCUGUCUUUCCAAAAAACCAUAUUUCCUAUGAAGAGUUCCAGCAAUUGGUGUCUGUAAACUCAGACAUAGAGUGGAAGCUGAUUAACAGAAUCUGCAGGUUUAUAAAAGAACGGAAGGAGUUGGGAGUGACUUUGCAAGAAAUAGCGGAAACAUUCCAUAAGUUAGGCGAAACACUUUGCGAAGUCCUCUCGAUGUUAUCAGAAUUCCGUCAAAUCAUACGAUCUGGUGUAACAGUUGUCCGUUUCAUUCACAACCAGUACAUCGAUCCCUGGUUGAUUCAUUCCUACAAAAUUCUUCGGCUCGAGCAAGAAGCUCAAGCCUUGGUACCAAAGGGAUCUGCCUACGUCUUAGAUGACGAUCCGAAAACGAAAAAACAAAAAUCUCCGAGAAAGUCAAAUCCAAAAUCUCCAAAGCCUGCAGUAAUUUUGGAAUCUGAUCCAAACGAGCUCACAAUGGAGAAAACCAACACUGAAGGUUUAGACGAACCUAGUCGAUUGAGUACUUCGGAAGGCGGUGAGCCCACCGAAAAUCAGCCAAGACGAAGUUCGAGAAAGAAAACUGUUUUACUUAAACAAUAUGAUGUUUUCAGAGCUGCUCAAAUGCUGGAUUUAGAUUCAGCGGAAGAAAUUAAAGUGGUAAUAAAACCCUGGAUUCGGGUAGAUGGAUCUUUAAAUCGACGAGUCCUUGAUCGAAUGAUGGGAGCUGUUUUAUCUUAUUGUAUAAAACAUCCUGGAGCAACAUUGAGUAAAGUUCAAAACAGAUUUGUUCCAGCACUCCAUCCUUUCCACACUAGAGAAUUAGUGGAGAUGCUCGUUGAAUUGGAAUGUCUGAACGUGCAAGUCCUGAAGGCGCCUCGAGUUUCUCUCUUCACGAAACCAGUUAAAUUACACUUUUCGGGAAUCCCCGGCUUGGCCCAGGAUGAGGAAUUAGUGAUUGAAUCCGAAAUUGGAGCAACUCUGCGAUUCGGUACAUACUUAAGCAGCAAAACCUACACUUCCGAUUUUCUUUCGUAACUAUUUGUAAUAUAAUUAAUGAUUAUUUCUUUUUUUGUCAUGUAAAAUCGCACAUCGAAUGUGUUCGAUUGGAUUUAUUUAAGAACUAGUCGCUUAUUGGCUAGCUGUGUGUUUCCUGUUACAUAACUACGAGGGUGUUUAAAUGUUCAACAACAGAAUAAUAAAUUAAGAAAAAUACACAUCAAUAUUUGGAGUUA